UGAUAUAAGAUCCCAGAGGGCAGGGGCUCCUUCUCUUCUCACCCUGAUCAGGAUUACACCUCCGUAGUUCACUGUCAGCUUUCCCCCGACGUGAGGACAAAAAUGGUGGCUGGACGAGCAGGAUUCAAAUUCCAGAACUGGGCAGAGACCUACGGAUCGAGCCCAGAGCUGUACUUCCAACCAACAUGUGCGGAGGAAGUGAAAGAGAUUCUGGAUCUUGCCAGGCAGAGGAGUAAGAGAGUGAAAGUGGUGGGCGGAGGACACUCUCCAUCGGAUAUCGCCUGUACAGACGACUUCAUGAUCCGACUGGAUAAAAUGAAGAAAGUUUUGAAGGUGGACCAAGAGAAGAAGCAGAUAACGGUGGAGGCCGGCAUACUGCUGAGUGAGGUGAAUGAGGUCCUGGCCAAGAAUGGAAUGGCCUUGUCAAACAUUGGAGCGGUGUCGGAGGUGGCGGCUGCCGGCGUUAUUGGAACGGGGACUCACAAUACUGGAAUCAAUCACGGCAUACUGUCUACUCAGGUGUUAUCGCUGACGAUGAUGACGGCAUCUGGUGAAAUUCUGGACUGUUCCGAGUCUUCGAAUCCCGAAAUCUUUCAGGCGGCCCGCCUUCACCUGGGCUCCUUGGGGGUCAUUCUCACCGUCACACUGCAGUGUAGACCCGCCUUCCGCCUACAGGAGAUCCAGUUCUCUUCCACGUUACAAGAGGUCCUUGAUAAUCUUGAUGUCCAUUUAAAGGCUUCGGAAUACUUUCGCUUCUUCUGGUUUCCACACACAGAAAAUGUCAGCGCCUUUUAUCAAGACCCUACAGACAAGCCUCCGACUUCCAAAGCCAGUUGGUUCUGGGACUGUUUUGUGGGAUAUUACCUGCUGGAGUUUCUUCUUUGGAUAAGUACUUUCAUAUCCAGCCUUGUCCCUCCAAUAAACCGAUUCUUCUUCUGGCUGAUGUUCAGCGGUAGAAGUGAGCGUGUGGACAUCAGCUACAAGGUCUUCAACUUCGACUGUCUCUUCAAACAGCACGUGCAAGACUGGGCCAUUCCCAUAGAAAAGACCAAGGAAGCAAUAAUGCAGCUGAAAUCCUGGUUAGAGAAGAACCCACGUGUGAUGGCCCAUUUUCCGGUAGAAGUCCGCUUUGCCCAAGGAGAUGAUAUUUUAUUGAGCCCAUGCUUCAAUCGAGACAGCUGCUAUAUGAACAUAAUUAUGUACAGACCAUAUGGAAAAGAUGUCCCACAUGGAGAAUACUGGCUGGAAUAUGAGAGGAUUAUGAAACGCGUCGGAGGACGACCUCACUGGGCUAAGGCUCAUACUUGUACCCGGAAAGACUUCGAGAAGAUGUAUCCUGCAUUCGCCAAAUUCAAAAACUUAAGAGAGAAGCUUGACCCGACCGGGAUGUUCCUCAAUGCUUAUCUGGAAAAAGUCUUCUACUGAGAAAGAGAAAAACUGUUCCCGAUAAUAACUUCAGCCAAUAAUCUAUCCACCACUACAUCACCAAUGUACAACAAAACAUAAUUACAGUUUUAAUAUGGAGUUAUAUGUCAUAGCACCUGCUUGGCAAUACAGGGAACCCCAAGGAACAGUUCAUUGAACACUCAAUCUAUUAACACAUUCCAGUAAAAGUGCUGGAUUGAAGAGAAUCAAAAUUACUAUUAAAGUACAUAUAUAAAGAGAUAAUUAAGGAGGUUAA